GCGGCACCCGGAAGGAGCGGAGGAGCCGCGCACAGUCGGGGCCGCGGCGGCAGCGGCGGAGGGGGCGCUGGUGACCCAGGACAGCCAGAACAAGCAACCUCAAGGCCACACUGCGAGGGCUGACAGCUGAGAGCUGCCUUCUCUGUCUGCUUCAGCCCUACUCUGAGGCAUCAAAGCUGUAGUGCCCGUGGAUUAUGACCACAGGGGAGCUGUGUUGCAUCUGCAAAUCUCUGUUGUGCAUCAAGGGCACAUCUGAACAGGGCCAGAAAGUGUCCUGUACUGUGGGUGGAAGGGGGAGGAGGUGAACAUGAGACCAGGAGCUAGCUGGAGGCCCAGAGGUUGCUGCAGUGUCUUGGAAAGCAAGGCAUGAAAUGGUCGCCAGAAAGAAAGAGGAAUCUGUUCCUUUGCACAGGGUUUCAUACAGGAAGGCAUGCAAAAGGGAUGUAAAAUCAAGCCAGAGCCACCGUGGACACUGAAGAGCUGGAGAGGACGUCGCAGAGGUUCGGAGGCACACCGUGAUGGUGGGAGCCAUUCCACGGCAGCCACGCCGCUUCUGGGGGGUGCCUGAGUGGCAGGCGUCCUCAGCGAGCUGUGCCAACAACCACCUGCUGCAGGGCACCCAGGCUGACCCAGACACACGGGAUGCCAUGCUGCAGAGCACCUCAUAGUAGAGGGCUCACACAGAGAUCCUGAGUGAGAGGGGGCCCAGCUCCCACCCCCUGCCCUUGCACCCUGACCUGUGGCACUUUACAGUCCCCCUCCUGCUGCUGCAUGGGCUCCGCCCGGAGUCCCAGCAAGUGAGGCUCCAUGCGGCACAUCCACACAGAGACGUCUCUGCCCCCGGAGCGCAGCACGGAGCCCAGCCUGUCCCGGCCCAGGGGGGAGACACCCUUGGAGCCUUCCUCGCAGUGCUGCACCCACCGCAGCAUCCUCAUGGGCUACAAUGAGACAGAGAUCAAGCGCCAGAAGGUUUACCAGGUGUCCAUCUUCUCCCAUCUCUCCAGCUCCUCGGAGAGCACGGAGCAGCGGGCAGGCACCCGGCCAGCUGUCAAGAGGGGAUACCCCGAGCAGAGAACUCCGGAGGGGGGGCGAGAUCCCAAACGAACUCACUGGAGUGACAGGGGGGUGGAUGGGGGCUCUGGGCAGCCUUCCCUGGAUGAUGACGAUACCUUUGAGGAUGGUCUGCUGGUGGAGGAGCUCUCCCUCUGUGGCUCUGCCCAGCACUUUUCCCACAGUGGGCUGCGGGUGGUGGAGCACCGCUGUGAGGGCAGCCCUAGCCACAGCCCCAAGGCCAGCAGAGAGGACAAGUCGCAGGAUGUCUCCUUCUCCUCUUUCUCCUCCUCCUCCUCUUCCUCCUCCUCCUGGCCCCGGCACAUUGCUUGCAGUACUUUGCACAUGAGAGACAGUUGCCCUGUCUCAUCAGGGGAUCAGCCCAUAGACUAUGGAGAGAAUGGGGAGCCGGCAAGUGGCCACAAUGUACUUCACCUUGAAUUGCACAGUAUUGCACAAACAACCCAGUUGGACCCUGGUGGGAAGAGAGAGAAGCCAGGGAGCAGCCCAGCUCACAGCAGCAGGGCUGGCGAGGCGGAAGGGCCAGCAGUGGCCAAUGGGUGCAGGGAGUCCCCAGCACAGACAGCGCUCAGCCCCGAGCCCAGCAGCCUGAGCUCCCAGGAGAUGACACCCUGUGGGAGCAGCCAGCUCAGCAGCACCUGCCCAGCCAAAAGGAAGUUGCUGCCUGCUGGUGAAGUUAUGGCCGACUCCUGCUCUGAGGAUGAGAGCCUGUCCCCACCAGCAAGGAAGAAGAGGGUCCUGCCAUGCCAUCCUGUGCCCACAGCCUGCCGCAGCACUGAUGCCAAGGGAGCUCCAUUCUGGAAUCACCUGCUGCCUGCAGCCAAGAGCUCUUCAGAUUGCACUGCGGUCGGGAGGAGGCUGAAGAGUGGGCUGCGUCUCAAAUCGCGACAUUUCCGGACCAGCCUCCGGAGGAGCACCAGGUCCCCCACAGUGCCCUGGGCCACCACCACUGUCAGCCAUGCUCUGCUGGGCAACUUUGAGGAGUCCAUCCUGAAGGGGCGCUUUGCACCAUCGGGGAGGAUCGAGGGUUUCACGGCAGAGAUCGGUGCCAGUGGCUCCUACUGUCCCCAGCAUGUCACCCUGCCUGUCGACGUCACCUACUUCGACAUCUCUGAACACAGCGUGCCCUCGCCUUUCCUGGGAGUGAUUGACUUGGAGGCCUUGGGAAAGAAGGGUUACAGUGUCCCCAAAGCUGGAACCAUCCAAGUGACCUUAUUUAACCCCAACAAGACUGUGGUGAAGAUGUUCUUGGUGACAUACGACUUCCAGGACAUGCCGGCCAACCACAUGACCUUCCUGCGCCAUCGCAUCUUCCUGGUGCCCGUGGGGGAGGAAGAGGGGUCCACAGUGGCCCCCAGUGACCCACUGGGCACCAGCCCUCCCCGCAGGGUCCUCUGCUACCUGAUGCAUCUAAGGUUUCACAGCUCCAAGUCAGGGAAGAUCUACCUUCACGACGACAUUCGGCUGCUUUUCUCGCGCAAGUCGAUCGAGGUGGAUUCGGGGAUCCCCUACGAACUGAAAUCCUUCACGGAGAUGCCGCGGAACCCCUGCUACUCACCCCGGGCCUGACCUCCUUCACUCCCCGCCCCCAGGGCCACUGGGGAGCCUCCAGCCCUGCACGCUGGGGAGAGAUGAGUAAAGGGCCAGCAAGCACUGCUUUGAGA